AUGUUUCAUUGUUGGAUAUAAAUAGGGAAAGGUUGGUAAUAAUGAAAUAAUGAAACGAAAGAAUAAAGGUACGAGCGACAGGACAAUAGAGAUAGAUAUAUUUAUAUUUAAAGAGACGGUGGGUGAGUUUAUCGCCGGAAAAACAAAAAGAAGAUAAGAUUUUCCGGCGAGCUUGUUAAAAUGAAGGGUAAUCAUCGGCAAAGAGGAAACAACCGGAAGAGAACGACAAGACGGUUGGUAAAGUUCGAGGAAUUGCCGGAAUAUUUGAAAGAUAAUGAAUUUAUAUUGGAUCAUUAUCGGUCGGAAUGGUCGGUGAAGGAAGCUUUGUUUAGCGUUUUUGCGUGGCAUAAUGAAACUCUAAAUGUUUGGACUCAUUUGGGUGGAUUUUUGAUAUUUGCGGUGAUGGCGGUGAUGAGUUGGCCGGUGGCGAGGGAUAUCGGAGGAGGGUUUUUUGACAUGGGGAAGGAGAUGAACGGUUCUGACUCUCAAAACAAAGGAUUUCAGUUUCAGGAUUCACAUUUGAGACAGAUAUUAGAAGUAUCAAUCUUUGAUGGUGUGAGAGAAUAUGGAACAGAAACAAUUCCAAGAUGGCCAUGGUUCAUUUUCUUAGUCGGAGCAAUGUGUUGCUUAGCUUGCAGUUCUAUUUCUCAUCUUCUGGCUUGUCACUCCAAAAGCUAUAAUCUGUUUUUUUGGCGUUUAGAUUAUGCUGGAAUAUCAAUUAUGAUAGUAUGCUCUUUCUAUGCUCCAAUUUACUAUGUAUUUUUCUGCAAUCCUUAUGCAAGGUUACUCUAUUUGACAUCAAUAUCAGUCCUUGGAGUAAUGGCAAUAAUCACCCUUCUUUCGCCAUCACUUUCAUCACCUAGUUUUCGAACCUUUCGAGCAUGUUUAUUCCUUUCAAUGGGAUUUUCAGGUGUUAUACCAGCAGUUCAUGCUCUCGUAAGCAAUUGGGGUCGCUCACAUAUUGUAGUUGCAAUUGGAUAUGAACUCUUAAUGGGCAUUCUAUAUGCCACAGGUGCUGUGUUUUAUGUCACUAGAAUACCAGAGAGAUGGAAGCCUGGAGCUUUUGAUAUUGCAGGACAUAGUCAUCAAAUCUUUCAUGUUUUCGUUGUCCUCGGGGCGCUUGCGCAUACCACUGCAACGCUUGUCAUAAUCGAUUUUCGAAGGGCAUCACCCACCUGUGCAUUUUAGUUAACUUUCCUCUUCUGUGUUCUGUAUUAUUGUUAAUUAUUGUAUUGUUCUUAGAAGAAAUUUCUAACUAAUUUAGUUAGGUACCAAACCCUACCAAUGUAUUGUUGUAUGUUAGAUGCAGGUUGUCAUAAUAUGCAGUAAUUCUAGCUCUUUUAUCACAACAAUUUAGAGGAU